CCUGCGCAUGCGCGCUGAGCUGCGGGGGCAGCGGCCGGCGGCGGAGCAGCGGUGGGAGUGUGGCGGGGCCCGAGGUCGGCGGGGCACCAUGCCGAGGAAGCGAGCGGCGAAGAGCACCGAGCCCGAGGAAGAUUCUCUGGGGAGCAAGAAGGUUAAAGUUUGCCACCCCUCCCACCGCACGCAGCCCGGGCUGGUGCUGACGCUGGGGCAGGGCGAUGUUGGCCAGCUGGGCCUGGGCGAGGACGUGAUGGAGAGGAAGAAGCCAGCCCUGGUGCCGCUGCCGGAGCUGACGGUGCAGGCGGAGGCCGGGGGCAUGCACACUGUGUGCCUCAGCCAGAGUGGCAAGAUCUACACUUUUGGCUGCAAUGACGAAGGUGCCCUGGGGCGCGACACCUCCGCAGAGGGCUCGGAGAUGACGCCAGGGCUGGUGGAGCUGCAGGAGAAGGUGGUGCAGGUGUCGGCGGGGGACAGCCACACGGCUGCGCUGACUGAGGACGGCAGAGUCUUUGUCUGGGGUUCCUUCAGGGACAACAAUGGGGUGAUCGGGCUGCUGGAGCCCAUGCAGACCAGCGCCGUGCCUGUGCCGCUGCAGCUCCCUGCGCCCGUGCUUAAGAUCGCCUCAGGGAACGACCACUUGGUGAUGCUGACGGUGGACGGAGACCUCUUCACGUGCGGCUGCGGCGAGCAGGGCCAGCUGGGCAGGGUGCCAGAGGUGUUUGCCAACCGCGGAGGAAGGAAAGGGCUGCAGCGCCUGCUGCAGCCGCAGCGCGUCCCGGUGCGGGGCAGGGCCGGCCGGGGCCGGACGCGCUUCCAGGACGCCUUCUGCGGCGCCUACUUCACCUUCGCCCUCUCGCGCCAGGGGCAGGUCUACGGCUUCGGCCUCUCCAACUACCACCAGCUGGGCACCCAGGGCACCGAGCCCUGCUUCUCCCCGCAGAACCUGACGUGCUUCAAGAACUCCACCAAGUCCUGGGUGGGCUUCUCUGGUGGGCAGCACCACACAGUCUGCGUUGACUCCGAGGGCAGGGCCUACAGCCUGGGCAGGGCAGAGUAUGGGCGGCUGGGGCUGGGCACCGGGGCACAGGAGCGCAGCAGCCCCACGGCCAUCGCAGAGCUGCCCAGCAUCGCCUCCGUGGCCUGCGGCGCGUCGGUCGGCUAUGCCGUCAGCACUGAUGGACGAGCCUUUGCCUGGGGCAUGGGCACCAACUACCAGCUGGGCACAGGGGAGGAGGAGGACAUCUGGAGCCCGGUGGAGAUGACAGGGAAGCAGCUGGAGAACCGCGUGGUGAUGGCGGUGUCGAGCGGGGGGCAGCACACGGUGCUGCUAGUCAGGGACAAGCAGCAGAGCUGAUGGAGGGUGGCAGGACCUGUGCAUGCCCCCAGCCUCCACCUGUGCCAGGGCACCGCUGCCCAGCUCUGCUCUCCCACCAGCGCUGGCAGGGUGGACAGGAGGAUCCUGGAGCUGAGCCUGGCAGUGUCUGCGGCUGGAGCAGGGCUGCUCAGGGGUCUGCUUCCCGUGGUGCUCUGACCCAGGUUGGCUCGACCCUAAACUGUCUCCAGGCUGGAGCUGGAAGGGUUUCCCUCCUCUUCUUGGCUGGUUUUAGUGUUCCAUGGCUGGGCAAAGCUGGGGGCAAAGCUUGGGCCUUUGUUCUUUGCUAUGCAAAAGGAUUUGGGCCAAGAGCUUUCUGAUGUCCCCACAGUCCCCAUCUCUGGGUGCUCCUCCUUCCCCCUGACCCCUUCCAGUGCUGCACUUUGCAGUCCCAGCCACUGCCUCUCUUUCCCAUCAGCUUUAGAUCCCCAACAAAAGCCACUCUGGGGCUGGGGGAGGACUUGGCUGGUUUCAUUGUUUUGUCUUUGGAAGGAGCUUCAGGUGCUGGUGGGGCCUUGCUGAGAGAACCAGCACCUAGCUCUGCAUCCAACCACUCUCAGCAGCAGGGCUCCCUCCCUGGCACCUCCAGGCUUGGUCCAGCUGCUCUCGUUCACUGCUCCCAGCCUGCCCCAUCUUUCUAGGUGCCUGGGCUGAGCAGGGGGGGCUGUGAAGGUUGACUUUGGUGUUAAGUUAUAGCAAUAGUGGGGGGGAGGGGUUGGGACUUGGCCAAUGGCACAGGACAGGUGGAAUUUUAUUAAAAAAAUGUAUUUUGCUGGAAUGAAGGCUGAGGAAGAGAACCUGUAAGCUUUUAACCUUUGGAAUAAAUCGAGUUUUGAUAAA